GACGCGAGGCCUUCGUGCCGGGGCCGCGCGGAGGAGGCACCGGGGAGGAGCGCGCUGCGCCGCCGCCCGGCCUGCCGCCGCUCGGUGCGGGUCCGCGGGGCGCGAGGAGCGGCGAGACCGCGGCCUGGAACAAAGGGAGGCCGGCUGGGGCGGGGGCGUCGCGAGCAUGGCGGACCGCAGCCUGGAAGGCAUGGCGCUGCCCCUGGAGGUGCGGGCCCGGCUGGCCGAGCUGGAGCUGGAGCUGUCGGAAGGUGACAUCACACAAAAAGGAUAUGAAAAGAAGAGAUCAAAAUUGAUUGGAGCCUACCUGCCCCAGCCUCCAACAGCGAAUGGAGCUGCCGUGGUCCGGUGUAGACUGCAGCACAGUGAAGGAGCCCCGAGAAGAAUGCUGCAGGCUGGCAACAUCGGGGUAUGUGACAUCCGAGACGCCGCGGUCAGAGAGCGGGCGGCCAGCACCGCAGGAAACCGGCCACUGUUUUACUUUCGUUUCGGAGUGGAUCAAGCUUUGCCUCCAGAGCGCCGGGCUCCAGUUACUCCUUCCUCUGCCUCUCGCUAUCACCGCCGAAGGUCCUCAGGGUCACGAGAUGAACGCUAUCGGUCGGACGUCCAUACAGAAGCUGUCCAGGCUGCGCUCGCUAAACACAAAGAAAGGAAGAUGGCAGUGCCUAUGCCUUCCAAACGCAGGUCCUUGGUUGUGCAGACCUCGAUGGACGCCUACACACCCCCAGAUACCUCCUCUGGCUCGGAAGACGAAGGCUCGGUGCAGGGCGACUCCCAGGGGACCCCCACCUCCAGCCAGGGCAGCAUCAACAUGGAGCACUGGAUCAGCCAGGCCAUCCACGGCUCCACCACCUCCACCACCUCCUCCUCUUCCACCCAGAGUGGGGGGAGUGGCGCCGCCCACAGGCUGGCUGACGUCAUGGCUCAGACGCACAUAGAAAAUCACUCUGCACCUCCCGAUGUAACCACUUACACCUCAGAACACUCAAUACAAGUAGAAAGGCCGCAGGGCUCUACGACGUCAAGAACAGCCCCAAAGUAUGGCAAUGCCGAGCUCAUGGAGACUGGCGACGGAGUGCCUGUAAGUAGCCGGGUAUCAGCAAAAAUCCAGCAGCUUGUCAAUACCCUCAAACGACCCAAACGACCACCAUUGCGGGAAUUCUUCGUUGAUGACUUUGAAGAACUGCUGGAAGUUCAACAACCAGAUCCAAACCAGCCAAAGCCAGAGGGAGCCCAAAUGUUGGCGAUGCGUGGGGAACAGCUGGGUGUGGUUACAAAUUGGCCCCCAUCUUUAGAAGCAGCGUUACAGCGAUGGGGGACCAUCUCACCAAAGGCCCCGUGCUUGACCACGAUGGACACGAAUGGGAAACCUCUGUACAUCCUCACUUACGGCAAACUGUGGACAAGAAGUAUGAAGGUUGCUUACAACAUUCUGCAUAAAUUAGGUACAAAACAAGAACCUAUGGUGCGACCUGGAGAUAGGGUGGCACUAGUGUUCCCCAAUAAUGACCCUGCCGCCUCCAUGGUGGCUUUCUACGGCUGCCUGCUGGCCGAAGUUGUGCCUGUGCCCAUCGAGGUGCCCCUCACGAGAAAGGACGCAGGAAGCCAGCAGAUCGGGUUCUUGCUUGGGAGCUGUGGGGUGACUGUAGCCUUGACGAGUGACGCUUGCCACAAAGGGCUGCCGAAGAGCCCGACGGGGGAGAUCCCACAGUUCAAAGGUUGGCCAAAGCUAUUAUGGUUUGUCACAGAGUCAAAACAUCUCUCUAAACCUCCUCGAGAUUGGUUCCCGCACAUUAAGGAUGCCAAUAACGACACUGCAUAUAUCGAGUACAAGACGUGCAAGGAUGGGAGCGUGCUCGGGGUAACCGUGACGAGGAUCGCGCUUCUGACCCACUGCCAGGCCCUCACACAGGCGUGUGGCUACACAGAAGCUGAAACAAUUGUGAAUGUGUUGGAUUUCAAGAAAGACGUUGGGCUUUGGCACGGAAUCCUAACAAGCGUCAUGAACAUGAUGCACGUGAUCAGCAUCCCAUACUCGCUGAUGAAGGUGAACCCGCUGUCCUGGAUUCAGAAGGUCUGCCAGUACAAAGCAAAAGUGGCCUGUGUCAAAUCCAGGGACAUGCACUGGGCAUUGGUGGCGCACAGGGAUCAGAGAGACAUCAACCUCUCCUCUCUCCGGAUGCUGAUAGUGGCUGACGGCGCAAAUCCCUGGUCUAUUUCUUCCUGUGACGCGUUUCUCAACGUCUUCCAAAGUAAAGGUCUACGCCAGGAGGUCAUCUGUCCGUGCGCCAGCUCACCAGAGGCUCUCACCGUGGCCAUCAGGAGGCCCACCGAUGACAGCAACCAGCCCCCAGGCCGCGGCGUCCUCUCCAUGCACGGGCUGACCUAUGGGGUCAUCCGGGUGGACUCAGAGGAAAAGCUGUCUGUACUCACCGUGCAGGACGUCGGCCUCGUGAUGCCUGGAGCCAUCAUGUGUUCAGUGAAGCCAGACGGGGUUCCCCAGCUGUGCAGGACGGACGAAGUCGGGGAGCUCUGCAUGUGCGCAGUUGCCACGGGCAUGUCCUACUACGGCCUCUCGGGUAUGACCAAGAACACCUUCGAGGUGUUCCCGGUGACGAGCUCGGGGGCCCCGGUCAGCGAGUACCCCUUCGUGAGGACGGGCCUGCUGGGCUUCGUCGGCCCUGGGGGCCUCGUGUUCGUGGUGGGCAAGAUGGACGGGCUCAUGGUGGUCAGUGGGCGCAGACACAACGCCGAUGACAUCGUGGCCACAGCACUGGCCGUGGAGCCCAUGAAGUUCGUGUACAGGGGAAGAAUAGCCGUGUUUUCAGUGACCGUCCUGCACGACGAGAGGAUCGUGAUCGUGGCUGAGCAGAGGCCGGACUCCACGGAGGAGGACAGCUUCCAGUGGAUGAGCAGGGUGCUGCAGGCAAUCGACAGUAUACAUCAAGUUGGGGUUUAUUGUCUGGCAUUGGUUCCAGCAAACACCCUCCCCAAAACCCCACUCGGUGGCAUCCAUUUGUCAGAAACGAAGCAGCUUUUCCUGGAGGGCUCACUUCACCCCUGCAAUGUCCUGAUGUGCCCCCACACGUGCGUCACAAACCUGCCCAAGCCUCGGCAGAAGCAACCAGAGAUCGGCCCUGCCUCUGUGAUGGUGGGGAACCUGGUGUCUGGGAAGAGGAUCGCACAGGCCAGCGGCAGAGACCUGGGCCAGAUAGAAGACAAUGACCAGGCCCGGAAGUUCCUGUUCCUCUCGGAGGUCCUGCAGUGGAGGGCGCAGACCACCCCUGAUCACGUGCUGUACACGCUGCUCAACUGUAGGGGCACAAUAGCGAACUCGCUGACGUGUGUCCAGCUGCACAAGCGGGCUGAGAAGAUAGCCGUGAUGCUGAUGGAGAGAGGGCACCUGCAGGAUGGGGACCACGUCGCUCUGGUCUACCCACCGGGAAUAGACCUUAUCGCAGCAUUUUAUGGUUGCCUGUAUGCAGGCUGUGUGCCAAUAACCGUCCGUCCUCCACACCCACAGAACAUCGCAACCACGCUGCCAACCGUGAAGAUGAUCGUGGAGGUGAGCCGCUCCGCCUGUUUGAUGACAACACAACUGAUCUGUAAAUUGUUACGGUCCAGGGAGGCAGCUGCAGCUGUAGACGUCAGGGCCUGGCCCCCGAUACUGGACACAGAUGAUUUGCCAAAGAAGCGGCCUGCCCAGAUCUACAAACCUUCCAACCCAGACACGCUAGCCUAUCUUGAUUUUAGUGUGUCCACGACUGGGAUGCUAGCUGGAGUGAAGAUGUCUCACGCAGCCACCAGUGCCUUCUGCCGUUCUAUUAAGCUGCAGUGUGAGCUCUACCCCUCUAGAGAAGUGGCCAUCUGCCUGGACCCUUACUGUGGACUUGGGUUUGUCCUGUGGUGCCUCUGUAGCGUGUAUUCCGGGCACCAGUCCAUCCUCAUCCCGCCUGCAGAGCUGGAGACCAACCCUGCCUUGUGGCUGCUUGCCGUGAGUCAGUACAAAGUCCGGGAUACAUUUUGCUCCUACUCAGUGAUGGAACUGUGUACCAAGGGGCUGGGCUCACAGACAGAAUCCCUCAAGGCACGAGGACUGGACUUGUCCCGCGUGCGGACCUGUGUAGUGGUGGCAGAAGAACGGCCCCGAAUAGCACUCACCCAGUCAUUCUCAAAACUGUUUAAAGACCUGGGCCUCCAUCCACGGGCCGUUAGCACCUCGUUUGGCUGUAGAGUGAACCUGGCGAUUUGCUUGCAGGGCCCUCGACUGGACCCCGAGUGCUCAGGUAGAGGGCAGCCCUGCAGGAGGAGGGCAGGUCUCCAUCUCCACGAGCCCCACCGGCUGUGGAAGCUGGCCGAGAAGGGGACCUCGGGGCCCGAUCCGACCACCGUCUACGUGGACAUGAGAGCUCUGAGACACGACAGAGUCCGUUUAGUAGAAAGAGGAUCUCCUCAUAGUUUGCCCCUAAUGGAAUCAGGAAAAAUACUUCCAGGGGUUCGGAUCAUAAUUGCCAAUCCAGAAACAAAAGGACCGUUGGGAGACUCACACCUGGGUGAGAUCUGGGUUCACAGUGCCCACAAUGCCAGUGGUUAUUUCACUAUUUACGGAGAUGAAUCCCUCCAGUCAGAUCACUUCAACUCAAGAUUAAGUUUUGGAGACACACAGACAGUCUGGGCACGAACGGGCUAUUUGGGGUUCCUGCGGAGAACUGAACUCACUGAUGCAAACGGAGAGCGCCACGACGCCCUCUACGUGGUGGGGGCCCUAGAUGAGGCCAUGGAGCUGCGCGGCAUGAGGUAUCACCCGAUAGACAUCGAGACCUCCGUCAUCAGAGCCCACAAAAGCGUCACAGAAUGUGCUGUGUUCACCUGGACAAACUUGCUGGUGGUUGUGGUUGAGCUCGACGGGUCCGAGCAGGAAGCCCUGGACCUGGUCCCCCUGGUGACCAACGUGGUCCUGGAGGAGCACUACCUGGUGGUGGGGGUGGUGGUGGUGGUGGACAUCGGCGUCAUCCCCAUCAACUCCCGGGGGGAGAAGCAGCGCAUGCACCUCCGCGACGGCUUCCUGGCCGACCAGCUGGACCCCAUUUACGUGGCCUACAACAUGUAGACGCUCCCAGAGGCGGGCCAUCUGCUCAGUGUCGCGAGUGUGCAGGCGCCAAGGCGAGUUCCCGAGCGGAGCCUUUGCCAAGUGGUGGGGAGGAGACUUUCCACUCGUCCUGAUCGGCAUGGGGAUGAGACGAGAAAUGUGAAGUUUGCUCAGAAGGACUUUGCGUUACUGCCUUCAGUUUGUUGGAAAAGCCCAUUUCAAAAACUUUUUCUUUUUUUUUAAUUAUUGGAUAAUAAGUGCUUUCUUCGUAAAUGUGGUAUUUUGUUAAGCCAAAAUAGCAAUUAAAAAAAUAUUCUGCCCUCCAGAUGGGUUCUUUUAAACAAUUUAUGUAGUGUGACAAAGAAUUGUUUUCUCUGUUUUAAUGUGUCAUGAAAUCUUAAUGCCAUGGACCUGCUACUAAUUUAAGCCAUUGCUGGAGCUCAUCCUUCUAGGACAGUUUGUUGAGGUACGAGAAAACCUUCCAAAUAGCACCUUCCAAUUAGAUUUUAGCAGCUUUCUUUGUCAGAAAUGUGCUGAAGAAACAGGCUAAUAAUCGGCCUUUGAAUUUUAGCAUGGAAUGAGAAGAAAUUAUAAAUAAGGUGUAUUUCGGCAAUUACCUUGCAGAUAUCUUUGUACUAAACUAAAAUGAUAAAAUAAGUUAACUUCAUAUGUAAUUAUGUACAAAACGUUUAAUUUAUUUUGAUCUCUUUAGAAGUAUAACAGAGAAAACAUUCAAGAAUAUUAAAGUCUUGUAAUGUUUGCUAAUAUAAAAAGUGUUGUAUUAUCUUGCGUGGAUAGCAUCACAACAAAUAUAUAUAUAUGAAAUAUAAAUUCACUAAGAACAAAGGAGAUUUUAAAGUUUAAAACGCAGAACCUGUCACUUGCAUGGCGUCCCCUCCACUGCACUGUAGAUAGACUCUCGCCCGUUGCUGGUGUGCGCGGCCAGACAGCCAGCAACACAGUCGGAACCUUUCCUCCGGAACCAGAGACCAGCAAGUGGCGCUGUCGCCUCAGAGGUGGCGGAUCGGAGCUGGACGUGCACUUUUCCUUCUGCUGCGGGGUCUCCACGGAUUGUCAGUGCCGCGUGCCCACCGCACUGCACGGCCUGGGGAGCAGCUGGCCCACAGCACGCGCUCUCUCGGCUCAAGAAUUCAUUGCACAAUGUUCCCAUCAUUUUUGUUUGUGUCACCUUUUUUUGGUCCUCGGUAUGAAAAGGAAUGUCAUUCUGUGGUCAUUUGCAGCGGGUUGUGCUGACUCCUUCAGCGGCUUUAAGGGAAGAGACUCACCAGGAGAGGGUCGUGCCUGGGGAGCCGCCCCCGCUGCCGGGACAACAGAGCCACUGGCUGGGGCAGGAGGCCCCCAAUCCCCUCCCGUCACUGCACCUCCUGCGAGGACACGCUUCUGAUUUCCAUCUCUUGCUGCUGCUGCUGCUGCUGCCGCCUCACACGCCUUGGAACUUUCAGAGCUCCUCGCACACUCCCGGACUGAAUCAGCCCGUCUGCGUCCAGCCAGGAAGAAGUAUCAGCUGUCCGAGCGAGAUUCACUUUGUAAUUGCCCCAGUGCGCCCCACGGGGGCUGUGUCAGGUCUGCAUGACUAAGAUUGCUGCUGGCAAGACUGAGACCCUUUCUGUGAGGUUGUCUUAUCUGCCUUUGCUCUGUGUGCUGGCAGUGAGCCCUUUGCUACAAGAGAGUUUUGUUUGACUUCUGAGAUCCAAGGCUAAUUGCUGUUAAAAUUUUAAGUGGCAUUUUUUAAAAAUUUGUCUGCAUGUGGGGUGCAUUGUUCCAUCUCCACAAGUUAUUUGAUUUUUAAAAUAUUGUUUGACUUCA